AUGGCGUAUGACCGAUAUGUUGCUAUCUGCCAUCCGCUCCACUAUGUGUCAAUAAUGACUAAGAAGAAAUGUCUAUCUCUUGUUUCCCUUGUCACCUCCAUUGGCUUCCUGCAAUCAUCAGUGCAGACCAGUUGUGUGUUCAGUCUCAGGUUCUGCAGGUCAAACCUUAUAGACCAUUUCUAUUGUCACUCACCUUCAUUGCUCAAACUGUCCUGCUCGGACACGUUCUCCUGUGACAUGAUAACUGUUUACUUUGUUGCUGCUUUUGGCACAGGUUGUUUGAUGAUUAUCCUGGUCUCAUACAUUCUUAUUAUUACUUCUAUUUUACGUAUUAAAUCUUCUGAGGGCCGGAAGAAAGCAUUCAGCACCUGCUCCUCACAUCUCAUGUGCAUCUGCAUCUUCUUUGGUGCAGUUAUGUCCACUUACCUACACUCUUUUUCCAGUGACUUAGAGAAAUUAGACAUGGUGGCUUCUGUCCUUUAUUCUGUGGUGACACCAAUGCUGAACCCACUGAUAUACAGCCUGAGGAACCAAGAGGUGAAACGGAACAUUAUGCAAGCCAUGCACAAUCUUACAUCUGUAGAUAUAACUUUGUCAAACACUAGGCAUCAUGCUUAG